AUGAGUUAACAUAUCAAAAAUACUGGGAGUCAGAUUACUUUGCAUUAAAGUCCUUCUAGAAUUGUUAAAGAAGUUUCAGAAGUUUCCAAAGAAGCAGCAGCCAGGAAGAUGUUGGAAAAGAGAAUAAAUGAGUUGGAAAUCAAAUUGAAAUAAUAAGAAAAUGUUAUACAGGGAUACUAAACCUAAUUAAAUGAGGCAUCUUAAGAAGCAGAAUAAAUAGGUAAAUAAUUUGAAGAAGCACUUAAUGACGUUAGAUAAAUGAGAUUGCUCGGAGAAAAGAAAGACCUGUAAAUUGGAAUGUUGUUGGAAGAAAAUGAUAAAGUUGUUUAAUUAUUGGAAAUUAAGACUAAUAAUUAAUCCACAGAAUUUUUUGACACUAUUUAAAAGUUAGAAUAAUAAGUGAAAGAUCGAUAUAUUUGUGAAAAAAGAUUAAAUGAUGAAAUUCAAACUUCAAAAAUUAAAGUAUUCAUUCAAACUAACAACUAGCUACAUUAAGUUGAAGAAUAACUUAAAGAUAAAAAUCGUCUUAUAGAGGAUUUAAAAGAUAAAUUGACUCACUUAGAAAAGCAGUGCAAUUCUGAUACUUCAUUAGGAGUGCUUGCAAAUAAAAGAGGAAUAGAGAUUGAAAUGUUAACUCUUUAAAACAAUGAACAAUAACUUAAGAUUUAAGAUUUGGCUAACAAAAUACAGUUACUUUUAGAAGAAAAUGGAAAUCUAUAGAAGACCAUAGCAACUGAAAAGAGUCGAGAAUAUGAAGCUUAGGUAAUUUUGGAAGACAAGUUUUAGCAAAAAAUUAAAAUUAUUAAUGAAAACCAUUAAAAAGAAAUUAGAAAACUUAAGGAUUAAUAUUAAUGCUAACUUUAAGAAAAAACAGAAAUUAUUGAAACUCUUAAGGGCAAUCAGAAUCUAAAUAAUUCAAGUAAUUCUUUUUUAGAAGAAUUGAAUUUAGCCAAAAGUACAAUUUCGAAUUUAUAAUCGGAAAUAUCGACAUUAAAAUAAUCAAAAUAUAAGUCAGGAGAAAGUGAAGACCUUCAUUAAUAAUAUGAAAAAUUACUUAAAAAAAAUAAUUAGCUGGGUGAAUAGAAUUUCCAAUUAUAAUAGAAAAUAAGGAAAGAUGAAAUGAGUAACAAAGCCAAAAUUUCAGAUUUGGAGAAGGCCAAUUAAAAGUUAUUGGAAAUACAUUAAAUUAAUGAAACUAAAUUAGAAGAAUUAUAAUAAUAGCUGAAGCAAGUACCUACCAGAGUGAGAGAAAAAAGUAUGGAUGAUCUAAAAUUAAAAGGGGAACAAAUUAAAAUAAGUGAAUUAGAAAACAAAAUAAAGAAACUCCAAGAGAAGAUUGAACAAUAAAAUUUGGAAAUCAAAGAAAAGAAUUAAAAAAACAAUUAAUUAUAGGAGUAAGUUAAAUAGGCUAUUUAUGAGAAGGAUAACUCAAUUUAAUAGAUUAAGUUGGAAUGUGCUCAGGAACUUAAGUAAGUUCAAGAUCAAAUGAAAGUGGAAUUAUCUAAUUAACAAAAAUAGUACAAUGAUACUUAAAGAUAAAUUCAAGAUUAGAUGAAGAAGUCAUCAAUUGAGCAAUAAAAAUUGAAAUCUCAAGCAUUAAGAAAUUAGAAUGAAGUAAAAGCUUUAGAAAAUAGGAUUGCAAGUAUUCAUAAUCCUAAAUAAUAGGCUUGCUGAUUGAAAAUGAAUAAAUUAAAACUCAAAUGGAAAAAAUAAAAGCCUUGGGAGAAAAUAUGGCAAGGGAUAAAUAAACUUAGGAAGUAAAGAUUUAGGAAAAUUUAAAAGAAAUAGAAAUUUGGAAGGACAAAUAUGUGAAGAGUGUUUAAAAUGUAGAGAAAUUAAAUGAGAAAGCAUAAAAAGAAUAGUUAAGGGCAGAAGGUAUUUGGAUGUAAUAAAGAAAUUUUAAGGUUUAAAGGAAGAGAUUAAUAAAUUGAAUGAGCAAUUGGAACUGAUUAUGGAAUAAAAUAAUACUUUAGAGGAAUAAUUAUAGCAAGCGUAAUAAGAGUCUCGAGCUAUAAGAAAUCAAUUAGUGGAAGAAGUGAAAAAAGAAAGUGGCUCAGGAACCAAAUCUAAUGGCUCAAGCAUAUAAAAGGCAUGA